AAUGUUCAAUUCAAAAUCAAAUGGAAAUUGAAAACUUUUCAAGAUAAAGAAUUUUGUUACAUAGCAUAAUAUCCUUUACAGUCGUAUCGUUAUCAAUUAUAAUUUCAUUUUUGUUGCGAAAUAAACACAUUCAAGAUUUCGAAACAAUGCCAAAUAAUGGUCUUCUCUUCGUUGCCAACGCAGCUAAAGCUCAUAGCCUAUUUACUAAAGUGAAUCAGUUUGUAAAAAAUGUGUUAUACAUUAAAAUUAACAACAGUUGUGGUAAUUUACUACCAAUUUUAAAUAAACAAAUUGUGAAUGUUUACAAUAAUGCAAUACUACAAAAUACAGACGUUAGACUAAUGUUGAAGCCUAUUCAACCUGCAGAAAUUAUUAAAACAAAUCACAUGAUAGAUCUCAUAUUUUAUGAGAGUGAUUUGGCUAAACAAGUAGAAGAUUUGAAACAAUCUGUUAAUAACAUUGAAACAGGAUGUAAAGUGCAAGUUGUAGAUUCUCAAAAGGAUGAGGAAACAAUAGAGGCUGAAAAAGUAAAGACCUAUGAAUAUGUAGCAGUUGGUGGCACAUUUGACAGACUGCACAAUGGACACAAGAUUCUGCUAUCACAAGCAGCCUUACGAUCCACCAAACACUUAACAGUGGGAGUAACUGAUGUUAAUAUGAUUCAAUGUAAGAAAUGUAAAUGUAAAACUGAAUUAUUAGUCAGCCUAUAACUUUUUACAUUUAUCUACAUUAUGUGUAUUAUGAAAAAAGAAAGGAAGAACCAUUUAAUUGAUAAACACAUUAAAAACAAAAACAUAAUAAACAAAAGUGAAUUAAAUAUGCAUACAUCAAUCUUAGAGUGCUUAAGAACUAUAAAAAAAUGAAAGACAAAAAGGAAAUAUUUAAUAGUAUGGAGGAGGAAGAAACGGCGGCCCACGUGUUGCUGGCAUGUCCGGAAGUUACUGCAUACAGGGCUAAACAUCUUGCCAUGCCACAAUCACUACCUGGAGUUGCUCGCAACAUCAAAGGAUUGUUGAUCUUCUUCGGGAGAUUUCAUGGCUUGAAUAAUCACAAUAUUCCUGCCCCUAUACAAAAUACGUGCUUUUUUUUUUAUAGGGGAUGGGGCAAACGGGCAUUCGGCUCACCUGCUGGUAAGUGACUACCGCCGCCCAUGAACAACCGCAACACCAGGGGAAUUGCAGAUGCGUUGCCGGCCUUUUAGAAAGGUGUAAGCUCUUUUCUUGAAGGUCCCUAAGUCGUAUCGGUCCGGAAAAAUCGCUGGUAGUAAACUAUACCACAAGGAAGUUGUGCGAGGAAGAAAACAUCUUCUAAAUCGCACAGUGGUUGACCGCCAAUCAUCCAGAUGGUGUGGAUGGUAUCGGGAGUUCUGCCGCGAUAUGCGUUCGUGAAAUUUGGCGGCUGGGAUUAAUCCGAACAAUUCCUCAGAGCACUCCCCAUGGUAAAUGCGAAAGAAAAUGCAAAGAGAUGCAACAUCUCUUCGCAGUGCCGUGAUGGUGACUACCGCCUCCCAUGAACAACCGCAACACCAGGGGAAUUGCAGAUCCGUUGCCGGCCUUUUAGAAAGGUGUAAGCUCUUUUCUUGAAGGUCCCUAAGUCGUAUCAGUCCGGAAAAUUCGCUGGUGGUAAUUGAUUCCACAAGGAAGUUGUGUGAGGGAGAAAACUUCUUCUUAAUCGCACAGUGGUGGACCGCCAAUCAUCCAGAUGGUAUGGAUGAUAACGCGAGAUUUGUCGCGAUGUGCGAUGGUGAAAUUGAGCGGCUGGAAUUAGUCCGAACAAUUCCUCAGGGCACUCUCCGUGAUAGAUGCGAUAAAAUACGCAGAGAUGCAAUAUCUCUACGCAGUUCCAGUGUAUCGAGUCAAUCAGAAAGAACUCGGUCUUCGACGAUUCGAACCGCUCUGCGCUGGAUGCGGUCAAGUGGAAGGAGCUGGCACUGGGGUGCCCCGGCCCAGAGAUGAGAACAGUAUUCCAUGUUGGGCCGAACUUGCGCUUUGUAAAGUUGCAAGCGAUGUGCCGGCAUGAAAUACUGUCUCGCUCUGCUGAGCACGCCAAGCUUUUUAGAGGCCAGUUUGGCCUUCCCUUCCAAGUGACCACGAAACUGCACACUAUUCGAUAUGUCGACGCCAAGGAUUCUGAUACUAGCUGAGGCAGCAAGGGGAGUGCCUUGAAACUGAAGAGAUACGACAAAGGGGUUCUUUUUAGCGGUAAACGCGCAAACUUGUGUCUUCUGGGGAUUGUCAAACUUGUUUAGUCGUUGAGAAAAUGGAAUUGACUCGAGAAAAUUCAAGAGCAAUGAUUUAUUAUGACUUUCGAAGUGGUUUAACACAAAAACAGUGUGUUGACCGGAUGAUUUCUGCAUUUGGUGAUGAAGCCCCAUCCAAAACCAUAAUUUAUCGCUGGUUUGCUGAAUUUCAACGUGGACGUGUCAAGCUCAGUGAUGAUCCCCGUCAAGGUCGUCCAAAAACUGCAGUCACCCAAGAAAACGUUGAUGCUGUGCGUAAGCUGAUUGAGGAAGAUCGACAUGUGACAUACCGCGAAAUUCAGGCAACUUUAGACAUUAGCAUGAGUCAAAUACAAAUAAUCUUGCAUGAACAAUUAGGUGUAAAAAAGUUGUUUUCCCGAUGGAUACCGCAUUCACUCUGUGAAGAGCAAAAAGCGGCUCGCGUUUCUUGGUGCGUCAGAACUCUCGAAAGAUUCCACGCAAGAUCCUCAAAUGCUGUAUACAACAUCGUAUCAGGUGACGAAUCCUGGAUAUACGCGUACGAACCUGAAACAAAAAACCAGUCACGAGUUUGGGUAUUCGAAGAUGAGUUAAAGCCAACAAAAAUUGUUCGUUCACGGAGUGUUGCAAAAAAAAUGAUAGCCACGUUUGUCAACAAAACCGGCCAUGUUACGACUAUUCCUCUUGAGGGACAAAGAAUGGUUAAUGCAGAAUAGUAUGCUAGCAUUUGUUUGCCACAGGUCGUUUCUGAACUCCGUAAAGAGAACUGCAACCGCCGCAUCAUCCUCCAUCACGACAAUGCGUGUUCUCACACCGCACACAGAACAAAAGAGUUUUUAGAGCAAGAAAACAUAGAAUUAUUAAACCAUCCGCCGUACAGCCCCGACCUAAGCCCAAAUGAUUUCUAUACUUUCCCUAAAAUAAAGAAUAAAUUGCGUGGACAGAGAUUUUCAUCAUCUGAAGAAGCUGUGGACGCCUACAAAACGACCAUUUUGGAGACCCCAACUUCCGAAUGGAAUGGUUGCUUCAAUGAUUGGUUCAAUCGUAUGGAAAAAUGUGUCAAAUUUCGCGGAGAAUACUUCUAAAAGCAAUAAAUACAUUUUUAAAUAG